AUUAAAUUGCCUCGUCGUGGCUCCUCCCCUGGUGGGGGCGGGGCGGCCGAGCGCUUGUAAGCUGGAUGCCAAAGCCCGAGAGACGAGAGGGAGUGUGGGUUUGACGCGAAGAAAAGCAGCGGGUGGUGCAUAUCACUAGGGAGCGUACUGCGGGGCGGGCCCAUGCUGGCGGGCUUGGGCUUCUUUCUAGAACAGCUUCUUUCACACCUCUGGCCGGCCCCCUAGGCGGGAGCCGGGCUUGGGUAUUUUACUUCCGGAUACCACAGCUACGAUACCGGAAGCCGGAAGUGGGAAUUUCAGCGACUGGAGAAGGGGAGAGCUGCACAGCGUAGUCCGGACUUCUUGGAGCGACGGCGCUCGAGGAGCGCUCGCGGCCCGCUGCUCCCGCCCUUCUCACAUCGGAUCGAUUCCUCUGACAGACCUUGACUUGUUGGAUGAGCACGCCCCCCUGGAAGAGUCAGCUGUGUGAGAUGGUGCAGCCCAGUGGUGGCCCGGCUGGGGACCAGGACGUGCAGGGUGAAGAAUCUUCUCUGGGGAAGCCAACCAUGCUCCACCUGCCUUCGGAGCAGGGUGCUCCUGAGACCUUCCAGCGCUGUCUGGAGGAGAAUCAAGAGCUCCGAGAUGCCAUUCGGCAGAGCAACCAGAUGCUGCGGGAGUGCUGUGAGGAGCUGCAGCGUUUUCAAGGCAGCCAGAGGGAGGAGAAGGAGUUCCUCAUGCAGAAAUUCCAAGAGGCCAGGAAACUGGUGGAGAGACUGAAUCUGGAGAAGCUUGACUUGAAGAGGCAGAGGGAGCAGGCCCUGCAGGAGGUGGAGCACCUAAAGAGAUGCCAACAGCAGAUGGCUGAGGACAAGGCCUCGGUGAAAGCCCAGGUGACAUCCUUGCUGGGGGAGCUCCAGGAGAGCCAGAGUCGCUUGGAGGCUGCCACCAAGGAUCGGCAGACUUUGGAGGGCAGGGCCCGGGCAGCCAGUGAGCAAGCCCGGCAGCUGGAGAGCGAGCGGGAGGCACUGCAGCAGCAGCACAGCGUGCAGGUGGACCAGUUGCGCAUGCAGAACCAGAGCAUGGAGGCUGCUCUGCGCAUGGAGCGCCAGACUGCCUCAGAGGAGAAGCGGAAGCUGGCCCAGCUACAGGUAGCCUAUCACCAGCUCUUCCAAGAUUAUGACAAUCACAUCAAGAGCAGCAUGGGAAUGCAGCUGGAAGAUCUCAAGCAGCAGCUCCAGCAGGCCGAGGAGGCCCUGGUGGCUAAACAGGAAGUGAUCGACAAGCUGAAAGAAGAGGCUGAGCAGCACAAGAUUGUGAUGGAGACUGUUCCAGUGCUGAAGGCCCAGGCGGAUAUCUAUGAGGCAGAUUUCCAGGCUGAGAGACAGGCCCGGGAGAAGCUGGCCGAGAAGAAGGAGCUCUUGCAGGAGCAGCUAGAGCAGCUGCAGCGGGAGUAUAGCAGGUUGAAGACCAGCUGUCAGGAGUCUGCCAGGAUUGAGGAUAUGAGGAAACGGCAUGUAGAAGUCUCCCAGCCCCCCUUGGCCCCUGCCCCAGCUCACCAGUCCUUUCACUCUGCCUUGCCCAGCCAGAGGAGAAGCCCCCCGGAGGAGCCACCUGACUUCUGUUGCCCCAAGUGCCAGUACCAGGCCCCUGAUAUGGACACCCUGCAGAUACAUGUCAUGGAGUGCAUUCAGUAGGGCCACCUGCUGAUGACCAGUCUAGGACAGUGCAAUCUGUGCUUUCCUCUCCUACCUGCCUAGUCCUGAAUUACAGGCUAGGUGACGAAGAGCAGGCCACUUCUUUGAGCCCCAAGAGCUAGCUGCAGGGACUUAUGCUUCAGCUUCCCUAUCUGCUGGUUUGCCUCUUUUAGGGUACAUGGAAUCCCAGCUAGGCUUGAUGCUUUGCUCUUUCUAUUUGUUCUGUCUGCUUGAACCACUUGCCUCUUGGACUCUCUCCUCCACCUCCGUUGGGGAAGUCAAGAAUCAAGGCCAGGGCUCUUAGAGAGAACUUCUCAGCCUGAGAUGGGAGGGGGCCCUUCCAGCCCAGCUCUAGCCCACUGGGGUGCCGGCGCGCUUGUGCGCUGUGUGCUAUUCCACUGGGAGGCUGCACCACGGCAUUUGCAUUGUUGCCAGUCUUUUUAUUGUCAUAAAUAACUCUGCAGCGAAAAUCCAUGUGCAUCAAUUAUGUGUGUCUUUGGGUCAGAUUCUUAGAAGCAGCUGCACUGAUCAUCUGCAAAUGGGUUAGAUCGUCCCACUACCCCCCAGUGUGGUUUCCUACUCUCUCCUUGUUCCCCAUAGCCUUAUCCCAGUGAGAGGUGUCAACCUGUGGGCUUUUGCCAUCCGCCAGGCAUGUACUUCUCUGUUAAGUGUGAGCUUGAGCCCUGGCCAGUGUGGGUCAGUGUUUAGAGCAUCAGCCUGUGCACCGAUGGGUCAUGGGUUCGAUU